UUCCUGCUGUUGAUGUCUGUGUGUGAUCUGCAGGCUGUUUUUCAGCGGUGUCACCAGCAGGUGGCGCCCUCCUCCCUGUCUUCAGUGCAGCGAGGUCCAGCUGUUGUGAAACAGCUGCACACGUCAGGUUUCUUCGACAGUAAACACAUUCCUGGCUGCAGCUCGGGAGGUUUUUCCUGUGCUGUGGGUUUACGAUCGGACGCUUUUCUCUCAGCGAGUGAAGACGCAGAGAAGACACACACUGAGGACACACGGUGAGGACUCAUGUGAGGACACAGCGCUCAGCAACAUGAUCUCCUCCUCCUCCUCCUCGUUCUUCUCCUUCUUCUUCACUGCUUUAAUCCUGGAAUCGUCUUCACAGGAAGCAGCAGAUGUCCCCCAGAGACAGCCCCACCUCACCGGCUGCGUCUCCACCAACAUGGAGACGUUUCGCUGUACGUGGAACGUCGGUUCUUUCCGAAACUUGUCCGAGCCUGGAAGACUGCGCUUGUUCUUCUACAACAAAAAACCUCCGCUCACGUCCCCUAAAGAGUGGAGCGAGUGUCCCCACUACAGCGCCGAGCGGCCGAACGAGUGCUUCUUCAACGAGAACCACACGUCCAUCUGGACGUUGUACAGCGUCCAGCUCCGCUCCGGAGACGGCAACGUCCUCUACGACGAGACGUUCUUCUUCGUCCAAGACAUCGUGCAACCGGAACCACCGGUGGACCUGCAGUGGACGCUGCUGAACGCGAGCGUGACCGGAACGUUCUAUGACAUCAUGCUGAGCUGGGAGCCGCCGGAGUCGGCAGACGUGGGGACGGGAUGGAUGACGCUGCAGUACGAGGUCCAAUACCGCGACCUCAACUCUGACCAAUGGACGGCACUGGACCUUGUGAAGAGCACACAGAGAUCUCUGUUUGGUUUCCAAACCAACAUCAAGUACGAGGUGCGUGUCCGGUGUCGGAUGCUCAGCGCAGAACACUUUGGAGAAUUCAGCAGCUCUGUGUUCGUCCACGUCCCGUCCAAAGGGUCAAGUUUCCCAGUUUUGGGUUUGCUCAUCUUUGGGGCCUUGUGUUUUGUUGCCAUCCUGAUGUUAGUUGUGAUUGCACAGCAGGAAAAGUUGAUGUUACUUCUCUUGCCUCCUGUUCCUGGACCUAAGAUUAGAGGGAUUGAUCCUGAGCUCCUGAAGAAGGGAAAGCUGAGGGAGCUGACGUCCAUCUUGGGUGCCCCUCCCAACCUGAGGCCGGAGCUGUACAACAGUGACCCCUGGGUGGAGUUCAUCGAUCUGGACAUUGAGGAGCAGAGUGACCGACUCACCGAACUGGACACGGACUGCCUCGUGGACCGCUCCCCGUCCACCAACUGCUCGCCGCUCUCCCUCGGCUUCAGAGACGACGACUCGGGGCGAGCCAGCUGCUGCGACCCGGACCUCCACGUCGACUCGGAAGUGUCACCGUUUCACCCUCUCAUUCUGAACCAAACCCUCAGCAGGGACCCGUCGUGCCCGGAGGCAUCUGAGCCACACUUCCCAGUCCAGAACCCUGCUGCUCAAGCUCCGGGCAGGGAGGCUUUGUACACCCAGGUGAGCGAGGUACGGUCAUCUGGCAAGGUUCUGCUCUCACCUGAGGACCAGUCCGAGGUGCAGAAACCGACCAGCAAAGACUCUGAGGCAGAGAAGCUGAAGGAAAAGAGAGAUUUACAGCAGCUGCUGGUGGAGAAUACAGACCACAGAGGUUACACAUCAGAGCUCAACGUGGUGAAAAUGUGCCCACGGUUAUCCACGGACAACCCGAGCAGACCCUGCCAGACUUCACCGUCGCCUCACAACGACUCAUAUUCCACCAUCACGUCCGUCUCUGCUCCCGUCUACACGGUCGUGGAGGGCGUCGACCGAGAGAACAGCCUCGUGCUGACGCCAAACUCGACCCCUGCCGUGCAUCUGAUAAUCCCAAAGGACGUGCCCACACCAGGCGGAUAUCUGACCCCUGACCUUAUAGGAAGCGUCACACCGUAGGUCAAGUCCACCCCCCACGGGCCCUCCCUCUGUGACGGGGCUGUGGAAAAAAAGAAUGUGUUUUACUGCAGUUGUUGAAAGGAAACAAAAGGGAAAUGAGAUGAGAACAGAACAAUGACAUCAUUAAUUUCUGGCCAUAAUAAUCCCCCAACAACCCAGAAACCUCAACCGACCAGGGUCUGAUCGGACCAGAGUGAUGUGAUCACAUGCAAACAUCGUUAAAGCACAGCUAUGCAGGAUUAACAGCUUCACAGUCAUAGUGAUGGUUCACUGUCUUGUUGCGAGGACUCUGCCCCCUACUGUCUAUCAGCAGAAGAGCAGUCUUGCAAGAUCAGGGCGCUGACCUGGAGUCCUCAGAAUCCGGAGAAACCCACUAGCCACGUACUGUUUAUAAGAUCAAAGCAGUGAUAGCGGGAAAAAACUGUUGUUGGAGGAAGAGGAAACGACUGUCUGACAGAGCGAGGGAGGGGCCACAUGCCAGUUUUUUAAGAAUGGCAAGAACAUAGAAGCGUGAAAGCGGAUGCAGACUGGCAUGGACGUAUAUGGCUCCACGGGUUGUGUUUGCCAGCCAUUGAGUUUGGAUGGUGUCGUACAUAUGAAAACUACAGAUGAACCAGUGAGUCCUGAGUGGGUUCUUGAGUUGAUCACAAAAACCACACAUGGAGGUGGUUUGAGGACACGUGUGAACUUGUCAUCUGUCCUCAGGGUGCAUUUAGAGGCCGCCUCCUCGCCUGACGUCCUCUGAUUUGUUGCAGUUUCACAGUAUUUUGACACUAAUCACCACCCGUACUGUUUUCUUAUGUGUAGCAGCCGCCGCCGCCACAGUGUUAACGACGAUUAACAUGCAAUUUAUUUGUUUUCUAAUGGUUUAAAUCCUAAUUGAUGUUACAGCAGAUCGAGCAGAGCUUUGUCCAACACUGCUCUUCAGAGUAAGUCCAAGUCAGACUAAGUAUUGUACUAGACAAUUAGCACUGCUGACAUACUGUAAGUGCUAAUGCUAGUGCUGCUAACGGCAUAUUAACUACUACUCUAGACCAAACGUCAGGACAACAUGACUCAGCAUUUUCAUACUCUGGUGAUAUGAAAGGGUCAUUUUUGUUGACGUAUUUAGCAGACGGGACAAAAUCUGCUAUUCAUCACUUUUGCUAUAUCUGAAUGUUUUCCACACAGUUGACCGUUUUAAUCAAACCAUUUUCAACAGAGACAAACGGGAAGUAGGCUUGUCAAGCGGAAAAGUGCAUUUCUGCCAUGUGUUAUCAGGAAGUCGAUGAUCAUUGACCUGAAUUCUGUCAGUGUUUUAUUGCCCAGCUCUAAAUGGAACUAAAGCCGGCUGACUAAAGAUCAGAGGAGUCACUCGUAAAAGUUUCCUUUCAUUUUUCUGUCAUGUUUUCAUUCGUCCUGAACGUUCGACGACAAACGGAAAUGUCUUUUGACUAAUACGUUAGCCAUUGCUUAGUUAAUAAUCGGUCUUUAGCAAAAUAAAACAUCAGCUGUUUGUGUUGUUGUAAAUAUGGAAAAGGGAAAUGUGUAUAUAGAGCUUAUUGUCAAAUACAAGCGAUUCUUCAGCCAGAUUUGUUUUUUUUACGCAUGAACUGAUCAGAUUUUGUUUUCCAUUCUAGCUCAGGGUGUUUUAUAACAGUCAGGGUUCAUCCGUGUUGAAUUUGACAUUUAUUACGUUUGACUGCUAAAAUAAAUAACUUUGACUUUU